AUGCUUGACAAUUCCCCAGAAAGAAAUCCCUUACGUCGAAGUCGAACAGUAAUGGCAGAGAAGUUUUCUUCUGAAUACAGUCAAAUACAACAUCACCCCCGGUAUCAACAUCGUCAUAUGAGUACUGCAAAUGAACACUGUCGCGAUGUUCGAAACAGUGAUAAGCCGUUUAAUUUAGUCCCAGGUAAGAAACAAUUGCGUGUGAUGACUACAAUUUGA